CGUAAACACAAACAAAAUGGUAACGCAAUUUUUGGCAAUUCCACUCGAAAUCCGACUCGACAUAUACAAAGAACUGCUGAUAAGUUAUAUGGGGCAAAGGCGAAAUCCUGCAUGGGCAGUUGGGGACACAGAUCAACGAUUGAUAACGCUUCCCGGCUGUAAAUAUCUUGACGAUAAAACAAUUUAUCCUCAAAUAUUGCGGACUUGCAAGCAAAUAUAUGGCGAAGGCAACCCAAUACUCUACUCAGAGAACGUGUUUUCAUCCCUGGAGCCCAGCCUGAUGGUUUCAUUUAUCGAGCAGAUCGGAUUAAAGAACACCGCUUUUAUAAAGAAACUCGAUAUACAUGUCGGGCUAGAUCUUUCUUCGUGGUCACAACUUUUCUUAAAACUGGCUGAACAAGCAGGUGCAGUACGGGAGCUUAGGCUUCACUGGGGAUUUGUGGCAGUGUUUCGUUUUGAAAUGACACCGGAGGCUAUCACAAAUGGCCAGGCUGAUGCUAUGGCGUUCCUUCAUGCGUUAAGACGAAUUCCUAAUCUCGACAAAAUCAUUGUCACUGGCCAAUUCAGGAAAGAGUGGUGGCCAAUAAAAGAGAUUGAUUAUGCAGCACGUAUGAUAUUGGGGAUUGGCCCUGAAGAACAUGAAGAGCGGGAGUUGAACGCGAUAGAUUUGCAAUUCUUUAGGGACAGUCUGAGCAUGAGCAAAGACAAGGAGCCAAGGAUGUAAUGGUGGAGAUGGUGUUUAAAUGUAGUUAUGGUAGUAAUACUGUCAUUAGUACUGAUUUGUCUUGCCACAUACAUGGUAAAGAGAAC